UACACGGGAAGAGAUACAGCAACUUCUAAUGCGAGUUCGUUUCCCACAGCAACUAAUUUUUCAUUCCGGUUUGAGCAGUAAAAAUGGCAAAUAGGACUGUUAAAGAUGCAAACAGUAUACAUGGAACAAAUCCACAAUACUUGGUAGAGAAAAUUAUUCGUACUCGAAUUUAUGAAUCAAAAUAUUGGAAAGAAGAAUGCUUUGGACUGACUGCCGAACUUGUCGUUGACAAAGCCAUGGCGUUGAAGUUUGUCGGAGGAGUCUAUGGAGGAAAUAUCAAACCUACACCGUUUCUGUGUCUCACUCUGAAGAUGCUACAGAUUCAGCCAGAAAAAGACAUCAUUGUAGAAUUCAUCAAGAACGAGGAUUUCAAGUAUGUCCGCUUGCUAGGAGCAAUGUACAUGAGGUUGACUGGGACAUCAGUGGAUUGCUACAAAUACCUGGAACCACUGUACAACGACUACCGAAAAAUCAAGAGCCAGAACAGAAAUGGAGAGUUUGAGCUGCAACAUGUAGAUGAGUUCAUUGAUGAACUGCUACACUCUGAGAGAAUGUGUGACAUCAUCCUUCCCAGGCUUCAGAAAAGGCAGGUCCUUGAGGAGGCGGAGUUGUUAGACACACGCAUCAGCGCCCUUGAAGAGGACCUGGAUGAAGUGGAGACCAGUGACGAGGAAGACGAGGAAGAGGAGAAGCCAGAGAGAGUUCAGACCCCGGAGCCCCACAGACGGAGUUACCGGGACAACGACCGCCCUCGCCGUUCGCCCUCGCCACGCUACAGACGCAGCCGUUCACCCAGACGGAGGAGCAGAUCACCCAAGAGACGAAGCCCAUCCCCCAGACGAGAGCGCCACCGCAGCAAAAGUCCCCGUCGCCACCGCAGCCGCUCCCGAGAGAGACGUCACCGCUCAAAGUCCCCAGGCCAUCACAGAAGCCACAGGCAUCGCAGUCACUCCAAAUCCCCAGAGAGGAGUUCAAAAAAGAGCCACAAGAAGAGUCGAAGAGGGAACGAGUGACCCAUUUUUGUAUUUUGUUCUCUUGGACAUUUCCUCUUUUUGACUUGGAAGUUAAUGUGGCAAAAUGUUUACGUCUGUGUAUGGAAUCACUGGUAUUUUAUAUUUAAUUUUGGAAACUGAUUGCAUUUUUUUGAUAUUUUCAGACCAUGUUGCAGUAAAAAUCUAUCUCCAAUGUAUUUCUAAAAUCUGCAGCUCGUAUGGAGCUGUCCACAACCCUAUACAUCAGUGGAAAAAGUUUCUCAAUGUUUUAAACAUAAGGACCUUUUGUUGCGUGAUCCGGUGUGAUUGUGGCAACACUGGCUAAUCAGUAAGGGUAUGUCUAGAAAAUAGAACUCAACUCGUAGACCGGGCAAAACUGACCCGACAUCAGAAGGGAAAUAAGCUGUGGGACGUCAAUAAGGGUUUCUACUUCUCUAGGCCAUCUGCUUUCUUUCAGGAAGUUCCCAGAAGGCAUCCAACAUAUUUAUCCACUCUGAUAGUAUGUCAUCUGUUUAGACCAUGUGUCAAACUCAUUCCCCUGAGAGCAGAAUGUCCCUAGGUUUUCGCUCCUCCCUUGUACUUGAUUGAUUAAUUAAGGUUACUGAUUAGUAAGGAAGUCCCCUCACCUGGUUAUCUAGGUCUUAAUUGAAAGGAAAAACCUGCGGACUCCGUGGAAAAACCUGCGGCUGUCCGUGGAAUGAGUUUGAAACCCCUGGUUUAAACUCGGCUUCCUGAUGUAAAACCCCACUCUUUGUCAAUGGUAGAAUUCAAUUCAACUACAAUCCAUUGAAUAUGGGAUCUUUUUUUAAUUGGAUGUUAAAUGUGUUCAAAGGUUUUACGYCUGUAUGGAACCCCUGGUGUUUGUAUUUCAUUUUAGAAACUGAUUGCAUUUUUUUAUAUUUUCAGACUAUGUUACAGAAAGAAUCAAUCUGAAUUGUAUUUCUUAAAUCUGCAGCUCAUAGGCAGCUGUCAACAACCCAAUGCACCAGCAGAGACCUUUGCUCAAUGUUUUGAAYAUGAAGACUGAGGAUGUCAUGUCUGCACAGUCUCCUUGUUGUAUGGAUUGUCAGUCCAAGCAGGUCUGGGACCAUGGUAAUAAUGGUUGUUAAUCCCAAUUUGRUWUGUUUUAACAAGACCCYUGAGAGCUGUUGUAAAAACAAUGGKUAAUGUGAUGUGCCUCAUCUUUACAGAAUAAGUGUGAAAAUAGUUGCAUUUGAUUUGGAUGUCUCUCAAUGCGUAUGUUGUCCUYGUCUGAAUGUGGGAAUGCUAUGAUUUACACACUGAAAGUGUUUGCCACACUUAUACAAAUAAAGAACUUAUUUUGCC